GGGCGCAAUACGAGACUGAGGGUUUAGGCGCCAGCCCAUUGUGGGCCCUGGUCAUGUGUUUGACAACAUGAACUUAGAAUUCAAGCUUGGAGAAACAAUGAAAUCCCAGAAAAGCCAUUUCACAAAAUGAUGUGACGGUGAGACGGAUCGAGCCAGCGCUCAUUUGCCUGUUAGUCCGAUGUUGAGAACAUGAAAUUCAAUGUAAACACUAUAUAAUGAAAACAUAUCUACAUCGCACUGGGGAAAGCGAAGUUUCAUAAGCAAAGAUACAAUUUUGAAUCGGGAAGAAAAAGCCUCUAGCCGCGAUGGUGAAGUACCUAUCGGACUUGACAGUUAUGUACGCGGACAAUGAAUAUGCCACUCCAGAUGAGAUAGUUCCCGAAAUCCAAGGCAAAACAUCAGAUAUCAACUCAGGUUACGGAGGAAGAUUUGUAUGGCUUCAACCUGAGUGGACGUCCGACAGAGAGAGAGCGAUUUCCCACUUAUCUUUCACCAAGUCCGACACCGAAAUCCGGAACUACAACGACAUCACAGUCCGGGUCAGCGCCAAGGAUUCAUACCGAUACAUCAUCACCGAACGCGAAGGAGAGACAAAGAUAGUUAACGUGGCUCUACUCAGGACUCCCGAGAAUUUGUCUUCCGAUCAAAUUCUGACUCGAAUCAAGCAAAGUGGAUUUCAUCAUUUCUCGACGGAUCUGAAUCAGGGCCGCGGCGGAGACUAUCUGUAUGUGCUAUGGGCUUACGAGACGGAUUGAACUGAUUCCUGCGAAUAAUCAUAAAUUGCUUUAUGUGUCUAAAGACGACUUCUCUUGUGGCUUUGAGCCAGUGGUAUCAAUUGUGGCGAUAUUAUUAGUAUAGUGUGG